AUGGGCGCCCACUCCGCCACCACCGACCCGCAGGCGGCGCUCCUGCAGCGGGUGGAGGAGGGGCUGAAGGCCUUCAACGAGGCAAACAAAAACUACAUUGCGGCGGUGCGAAAGGUCGACAGCGCCCUCGAGGAAAUGGCGGUGGCCUUCCGUCAGCUGUCCUACGGCGAGAUGCCGCCGGACCUCCGCGGCGCAGUGGACACCUUCGGCUCGACCGUGGCUCUCCACCGCGGCGCCGCCGCAGCGACGGGGAAGGGCCGCAACAGCCUCAGCGACAGGCUGGACGGAAAGGAGUACGCCAUGGUGCAGUACGUCGACGACUUCGUGAGGAACGUGGACAGCCUCGGAGACAGCCUCAAGUCGCUGACGAAGCUGACGCGGGUGAAGCACGAGGAGCAAGAGAAGGUGGAUAAAAAGUACAACGAGGCCCGCGCCAAGACAGAGAAGAUCGCCGCAGCGGACGUGAAGAAAAACCGCAACUCCGCUGAAAACCCCGACUACGUGAAACACGUUAGCAAGCGUGACACCCUCCGGAAAGAGCUAACGAAGAAGGAAGAGGAGUUGACGAAGGUCUGCCGCGAACUGCAGGAGCGCCGCGUAGAGGCCAUAGGAAAGGCACUGAGCGCAAUGGGCGAGCUCUCCUCGCGGUACUGGUCGGGGGUGGCGCAGGUGAUGCGAAGCGCCGAGGCCGCACAAAUCCAUGGUGUUUAG